CACCUGUGUCUGAUUUCUCUCCAGAUGAGCGGGUUUCUGCCGGCACCGACACCAGUCUGUCGUUCCAGUUCCUGCAGGAGAAAGGUCACAGCGUUCAGGUGCUGCAGUCGUCGCUGUGGCUUUACGUGCGUCCGGCCGAUGCGCCUCAUCACCGUGGCCGUGUAAACGCAGAAAUCUCCCUGCCGGCAUCGAGCGGCGCUAAUCGCACGCUGCUGCUCCAGAGAAGCGUGGAUGUGUCACGAGGCGGAUGGCACACGUUCCCGGUCACCGGCGCCCUGCAGGCCUUCCUGGACGGCGGCCAGCGGAGGCUCCGUCUUGAGGUGCACUGCGAAGACGGCGGUCGAAACCUGUGCAGUCACGAAGCAUCCGGCGACUCCUCUCACCAGCCUUUCCUAGUCGCGCAGGUACAGUUGCGUGAAGACGCCAACAAACACGCACUGAGCAAACGCUCGCUGCGAUGUGGCGACGACGUGAGCGUGUGCUGCAAGAAAGACUUCUACAUCAAGUUCCGCGACAUACAGUGGCAGGACUGGAUCAUAGCACCAGAGGGCUACCACAUGAACUACUGCAUGGGACAGUGUCCGCAGCAUUUAUCCGGCUCGCCCGGCAUCGCCUCCUCCUUCCACGCCACCGUCUUCAGUCAACUGAAGGCUAACGGCAUCCACACGGCCGUGUCGUCCUGCUGCGUCCCCAUCCAGAGACGGCCGCUCUCCAUGGUCUACUUCAACUCGCAGCACACCAUCGUGAAGACCGACGUCCCGGACAUGAUCGUCGAGUCCUGCGGGUGCACAUAAAGAACAAUUACAGGAGACCACAAACCUAACAGUACACAGCUGCACACCUAUUUAUCUGCUUUAUCAGGAAGAGGCGAAAUAUUCUCUAAUCGAGGCUUUUUUUAUAGAUGUUGAAACACUCAGGGAAAUAAAAGCCAGGCUUACCCAACAUGACAGUAAACAUUUAGUUAUUGCCACACAUCCCAGCAAAGGCCUGCUGCAUUAGCAUCUAAUAAAUGUUUGAAUAUUUCUCUCACAUUAGUUCUCAGAGCUUACUUUUGACUGUUUACGCUAAGCACCAGCAAAUGCAACUAAAUAUGUGUACCGGCUUUCCUUUCAAGCUGCUUAUUUUCCAUUCAAACAGAUACACUUACUUUUAUUUGUAACAUUAAUAAUAAUAAUAAUAAGUAUUAUUUAUAUAGCACCUUUGCAAAAGUGGUACAAUAAUCUACAAACAGUACAAUCACCUACAUUGUACAUGUUACAGGUGUAUUUUUUGUGUUUAUUUUAAGUGUUUGUUCUCCUUUUGUUUAGUUUGAAGCACUUCCUAGGAAUGCAUAUGCAUAGUGUAGGGAAUCUGCAACUGCACUUUAUAUGUUAUUUUGCGUAUAAAUCA